UAUUAACCCCGACCUUUGACAACAGAUGAAACGCGAGUGGCGAUUCAUUAUCUGGAUUGCCUUUGCUCUGGUGGCCCUGACGAUGCCUACAGUUGUCACUUCUGCCGUGACAGGAACCUCUUCUUCUUUCUCUUCCUCUUCCUCGGGUGACAUGAUAUCCUCGUCUUCCUCUUCUUCUUCUUCCUCCUCUUCGUCAAAUGCAGCGGCUCUGAGACAAAGUGUCGAUACCUCGGGCGUGAGAAACGGCGAGUGUGCGUACAUGGAUCCGCAAGGAAGGUCUGUCAAGAUCCGCUACACCGAAUAUCCUGACGGGAGGCUGGAGGCCGAGAUCCCCGGCGAAGGACCCUUGCAAGAUCCUGCAGGAGAGUUGGCUCGUUGCAGGGAAGCUGUGAAGGAAACGCAUCGUCAAGUGCAAGACCGGAUUCAACAAACGCAACAAGCGUUGGACCGCAGCAGGGCUUUUCUUCGUCAAGUGAUCGAUAACUUUGCGCGAAGAAUUCCUCCAUUCGUCGACGGACAGGAUGCUCUAUUGGCGAGAGAGAUGUUACCUUGAGAACGAGAGGCUGCAUCUUGAGACUCCUUGAGGUCUUGUCUUAACUACGGAGGGACCGAGUCAUCGUCAUCUCCGAAAACUACACUUCGUGACGUCAUACAGACCCGGUUCUGCGUUAUAUAUAAAAAAAACUUGGUCAUCAUUAUGAGACGGAGCCUUUCAUUGUUGCGUAUUUCUUGUCAUUUUUUAUUAUUAUCGAUAUUUUUCUCUUUUUUUUCGUUCUAGGUUCAAGUAUUCUUUAGAAAGGUAUUAAUGAGUUUGAGGAGUAUGGUUGAUAGAUAGGGAUUAUCUAUCGGAGCAAAGGUGAAUCAUGUUUUCGCAGGGUUCCAAGAUCACAAUUAACUACUUUACGAAUUCAGCAAACGAGUCGCCUGAAUUAAUGAGAAGAGCAAAAUAUGCAUAAUUAUUUAGUACUACGAAAGGACAGAUUAUAUCAUUCUGGUUCUAAACGCUGAUACAACGCGCUAUGAAUA